CGGGUCCAUAAAUGCGGCAAAGAUGAAGGGAAUUACCGUCCUUGUUUUCGUUACACUCAUAUCUGUGUCAUAUGGAAGUUUUUGUAAACAAACACAAAAAGAAAAUGAUUCUUGUGGAGGUAAUAGCAAAUGUACAAAUCCAAAAUGCGGCGACCCAACACAAAUAACAACUCCCGCAGCAGGAACCACAAAGGCAGCUACAGCAACAACACCAACACCAACAACACCAGCUACUGGUCGGAAACGAAGAGCUAGUGGAAAUGGAGCCAAUUGUACGACUACAUGUAAAUCGCCCCAGGUUUGCCUAUACCAAUGCACAGAGCAAAGCGGGUCUGUAAAGCAUGGGCUGUCCUGUCUAGCCUUGGUAACUGGAUUUCUUGUCAAAGUCCUUAUCAACUGAGAAUAGGGAGUACUAGAGAAACUUUUGUUAUUCUGAUUUAAACGCUUAAUUGUGAAUAUGACGAAUAACAUUCACAUGGUAAAACUAUUUAAGCGAUGACUCUUAAAAAGAUGAGCUACAACAUCUAAAAAUUUUUUAGCGUUUGAACCAUUGUGUAGAAUUUCGACUUACUCUUCAACUUAAUAUCAAUACAUGAAGUGUUACCUAUGUAAAUGUGCGUACAUUGCACAUGGCGGUAACAACACGGACGAGCGUCCUUCAUUGUUUCGAUGUUUUGUUAGUUAAAAGUUGGUUUUGCUUUUAUUUGUAUUGAUUUAGAUAUUGAUUGUUAAACUAGUAAUUAGGAUGUCAUUAUCUUUUGCUGAAUUGUUUCUUUUUAUACCUUACGAAAUAUAUAUAUUUCUAUGAA